GGAGCAUGCUCAGUGAUAGCCAAACUGCAACUUCUGACGAGCAAGGAGUUUCACGCUGUCGGCAAAAGGAAGCGCUGCUGGCCCGGCAGUAAACGGCCUCCUGCUGCAGGGGCGGCCACGGUAUGGGCUCCCCGAUGGAGCGAAGGGCCAAAGGGAAUCUCGAUCUUUAUCCUCGAACUGGCAGCUGCCCUAGAGGUCCAGUGCUACAUAUCGUGGUGGUCGGCUUCCAUCACAAGAAGGGCUGCCAGAUUGAGUUCUCCUAUCCUUCUCUAAUUCCUGGAGAAAGUCAUAAUAGUAAUAGUUUGCCGGAGGAAUGGAAAUACCUGCCUUUUCUUGCAUUGCCAGAUGGUGCUCACAACUAUCAAGAAGACACAGUGUUUUUCCAUUUGCCACCAAGAAGUGGUGAUCGAAGCACAAUAUAUGGGGUCUCUUGUUAUAGGCAAAUUGAAGCUAAGGCAUUGAAAGUACGACAAGCAGACAUUACUCGAGAAACAGUACAGAAAAGUGUAUGUGUUCUAAGUCAGCUGCCUCUAUAUGGGCUACUUCAAGCUAAGUUGCAGCUAAUUACACAUGCCUACUUUGAAGAAAAAGACUUCUCACAAAUUUCAAUUCUUAAGGAACUUUAUGAACAUAUGAAUAGCUCACUGGGAGGGAGUUCACUGGAAGGGUCACAAGUUUAUCUUGGCCUAUCCCCACGAGAUCUUGUUCUUCAAUUUAGACACAAGGUUUUAAUUAUUUUUAAGUUGAUUCUUCUAGAAAAGAAGGUUCUGUUUUAUAUCUCUCCAGUUAAUCGGCUGGUGGGAGCAUUAAUGACUGUCUUAUCACUAUUUCCUGGUAUGAUAGAACAUGGUCUUACUGAUUGCUCACAGUACCGACCAAGAAAAAGUACAUCAGAGGAAGUUGGACAAGAAGUUUCUCCUCCUUCUAGUUACUGUGUUUCUUUGUCUGCUCUGACACUUUCAAAUGCUAAUUUUGACACAGUUGGGGAAGGCAAAAAAUUAUCAAGAAACCAAGAAAGAGAUACUCAGAGAGCAAAUGUACCUUUAUUUCAAGUUGAGCAUCAACCCUGUGAAUUUCAUGUCUCCCAGGACCAUGGACAGUACUUGAAACCUUCUUCACACACUUCUCCAGAAUCUUCUGAAAGUGACUGGGAAACCUUAGAUCCCAAUCUCCUAGAGGACCCUAACUUGAAAGAAGGAGAAUGUGAAAUUACUUCAGUAGCAGGACAGACUGAAUUUCUUCUGCAGGAAUCAGUGAUUUCCAAAAGCGUUCCAAUUACUAUUCAGCCUCAGCCUAAUACAGGACACACAGUCCUUGUACCUGGACUUAUUUCUGGUUUGGAAGAAGAUCAGUAUGGUAUGCCAUUAGCUAUCUUCACCAAGGGAUACCUUUGCUUGCCAUACAUGGCGCUGCAACAGCACCACCUUCUUUCUGAUGUAACAAUCCGCGGUUUUGUUGCAGGAGCCACCAAUAUCCUCUUCCAUCAGCAGAAACAUCUGAGUGAUGCUAUUGUAGAGAUUGAGGAAGCUCUUGUCCAAAUCCAUGACCCAGACCUGAGGAAGGUCUUAAAUCCUACAACAGCUGACCUGAGAUUUGCAGAUUUCUUAGUGAAGCAUGUAACUGAAAACAGGGAUGACGUCUUCCUGGAUGGCACUGGCUGGGAAGGAGGGGAUGAGUGGAUUCGAGCCCAGUUUGGCUCAUAUCUCCAUGCCCUCCUUGCUGCAACAGUAGAGCCAGAUAGUGAGAAAAUAUUGUCUGACUUUGGAACAACCUUUGUAGCAGCUUGGAAAAAUACCCAUAAUUAUAGAGUGUGGAACAGUAAUAAACACCCAGCCCUCACAGAAGUAAAUCCUAGUCAUCCAUUCCAAGGACAAUAUUCUGUUUCCGAUGUAAAAUUAAGAUUAUCACAUUCUGUUCAGAACAGUGAACGUGGUAAGAAGAUUGGAAAUGCCAUGGUUACCACUAGUCGAAAUGUUGUGCAGACAGGAAGAGCUGUUGGUCAAUCAGUUGGAGGAGCACUCACCAGUGCAAAAUCAGCAGUGUCUUCAUGGCUUUCUACUUUCACCCAGUCAUCUCAAAGCCUUGGAGAAUAAUUCUUAUGGGCUAAGUUCUUGCAUUUAUUUUAAGAAACCAAAAGGCUUUGCUAUAAAACCAUAGGCACCUGAAUUCAAGCUGCAUGAAGAUGGUCUUUGAGCUGCACCACAGGAUAUAAUUUGGCAACUGCUGUAAUACUUCUUUAUGUUUGAACCUUAUUGCAGGUUUAUUUUCCAAUGUAAGCUGUAUUUUGGAGGAUGGUGAUCUGUCAAUUUAGCUGUAUUUUAAGUUAAAUUGUUUUGCAUUGUUUUUAAGAGUUAAAUUAUAUUUCAGUAUGGAACAUAAUAGUGUAUAUGGAGGUAAUAUUUCAACAUUUAAUACAUAAAAAUAUAUUCACAUUUGUAUUUGUAAAUUUAUUUUUUCCUUCUGCAAGUCCAAUGUGCAGAAUUGUUUGUUUCGAUAGAAUAUAUUUUCACAAAGGUGUUACAAAUGGAAGUAAUUGUAAGUGGGAUAACGUGAAAUUAAUGAAAUUUAAAUUAGCAGUCUUUAAAUAGUCUUUAAAAAGACUAAGACAAUUUUACCAUGUCAUCAUUUAGGUGACAACUAUUGCAGGAGUUAACUUUUCACACUGUAUAGGUCUAAUUACUGUUUUUUGUUAAUGGGAAUGUAGUGCAAUUUCAUGCUCUUUUGUUAUAUUUAAGUGUCUCAGUAUCUAAAUACUUUUAACAAAUUAUCUACCUCUCUUCAAUUAGGCUCUUUUUUUUCCACAGCUGCUAUAAUAUUUUCUAGUCAGUGCGUGUUAGCAAGUAAUCUUUGCCCCAUCUACCCACAUACAGUAUGUUUAACCUUGUUCAUUGUUAAAGAAAAAUUAUUUCACUGAUGCCUAUGAAAACAUAAUAUGGCCCAGUUUAAAACAAUGAUUUAACCAAAUGUUUAUUUUGAACCAUUUUUAUUUUGAAAUAAUACCAUGGUCACAAUUGCUGAUUUUCCUUUUCAGAGUUGAUGUGAUGGUAGGAGGAAUGCAUAGUUAACACAAAUUAUGACAUAGAUUAUCAGAUUUCUAGACAGCUGAAUAUUAGUAGUACAUUAUUUCUUUCUUGACUGCAUUGCUUACCAUAAUCAGAGAUUCUUGUAUUCUGGAUUUAAGGGAGAAAUAUGAUUGUAUCUUUCUAAAUAAAUUUAUUUCAAAUA